AACUGUGUGAACAACGUCCAGGAGUCGCCAGUCAAACCGCGCCCAAUGAAACGUCAGGAUCUCCGCAACUCCGUAGUGAAAUCAUCCUUCUCCUCGUGCUCUUUACACCCACACCUACGCUGCAGAUUCAGUUUCAGUCACGCAGUCACUCUCUUCGUCUCCGCCAAAGAUCAUCUGUCACUCGUAAAUCCCUUCCCGUUCUCUGAUUGAAACUAACCUUUCCUGUUGACCAGUGUUCAUAACCCACUGAUACCAACUACAAUAUUGCAUUCGGCGGAAAUCUCACCUCGACACGGUUGACGAACCUUUAAGAGUUAGUUAAUCGGUCACUCAAAAUGUCCCAUUGUUGGACCCAGUCUUUGCAAAAGGCCGAUCCUCCGAGAUCGGCUUUGUGGAGCCGACCACCCGCGGUUGUUGGAGCAUAAAAAAAUUCGGGAUACCAGAGGGUUUCGAACCCGAGUCGACAAGCUGGAGAACCACGGAGUGGAGAACGCAACUUGGAUACUUUUGUUUAUGUUGGGUGCCAUUUGAAAAGGAAAAAAGGAAUGGGAGGAAACAGGAAAUCGGGAUGAACGGUCACCGAAUGUGCAGGAUGGUCGAAAAACCGCGAAAAUCGACAGUGUGGGAGUUGAAAUAGUUGUUAAUAAUUGGUCCUUAUAGUCUAUGCAAGUUCCAAACUAAAGAAACACGUUUCAAAUAAAAAGAAAGCGAGAUCCUCAUGUAGAAUAACGGUCUUUUUGAAUUUCAAAUUGAUGGUUAAAGAUUGAUCAUCGAAAGCAUCUUUCUUAUGCAGUGAAUGUGAAAGUGUUAUGAGUUUGGUACCGACUGAAUAAAGGGAGAUAAGAGUGGUCCUGCGAUUAAAUAGUGGUUGAGUUUUAAAAUGAGUGCAACAUGGGUGAUUUUGGGGAUCCUAGCUGUGGCAAGUGCUCAGGUGGAGUUGAACUCGACGGAAUUGCCGUCCAUUUAUUAUACAGAACCGAGUUAUGGAAGCUCGAGCUCCGGGGCAGACAACACUUACAAAAUGUUCACCGAGCUGCCCGGAGGACAAAUCACCAGAGGUCAAAGGUUACUGGAGAGAACUAAGAGUCCGUACGUGGUGCGCGAGGACCUUUUCGUCGAACGUGGUGGAGAGCUCGUUAUAGAACCGGGCGUAGAAAUCCGGUUCGCCCCCAUGAUCGGAAUCACUGUCCGAGGCAUCCUAACUGCUAAGGGGGAGCCUGAGGCACCAGUAGUGCUCACGAGCUCAGAAACUCCGUCCGGUCAACCUGAGCCUCGGUCGAUUCGUUUGGUCGAUGGACAAACUCCUUUUGAAGGUCGACUACAGCUCCUGCAUCGAGGAGAGUGGAGAGCUGUUUGUACAAACUCCAGAAAUUGGACUAGGGCAGAUUUUGAAACUGCCUGCCGUGAAUUAGGGCUGCAAGGUGGACGAUGGUGGGGUUGGGUGGACAGACAAUGGCCAGCUAAACCUCGACUUUUAUACGAGCAACCUCAGUGUCGAGGAACCGAAUCUUCUCUGCAAAAUUGUGAUCGAUGGCCUCACAAACAGCUCGGUUCUGGAGUUUGUGAUUACCAUCCAGAUUUAGGAAUAGCAUGCUCACCUCACCACGAUGGUGCCACACAAGCAAUUAAACACUGGCGGGGAAUCAGAUUUGAAGGUGCCCUUUUCGAUAGACCUUUAAUACAGGAAAACACUCUUUACGUCCGGAGAUCAAAAUCUAUUUUGCGAAAUGUAGAAAUCAGAUUCGCGGGUACGGGACGAGAAAUCAACGUCACCUCCGCCCUACACGUUGAGGGUGCGCCUCCACAAAUGGAAUCAAUCACAAUCGUUAAUUCGGCCUUCGGUGGAAUUAACAUCACCACUCCCGAUGCUCCAAUAGUCAUUAACAACUGCACCAUACAAAGCAACAAAGGGUAUGGAAUUUACAUGAACAGUUCUAGUGGAUUAGCACAUAUCAACAACUGUGCUGUGCUAGACAACGGAGCUGACGGAAUAAAAUAUGUCCAUCACGAUGAAAGACCAGACGAUAAGCCUGAUCGGGCGGAUGUUUAUGACCUGUGCACUUUUCCAACAACUACAAGCCAAACCUUCCCCGUAACCAUAUCAAUGGAGCAGAAUGAAUAUGCUCAAAAUCGAAGAAAGUGCCCUCAACAUAUUUUCACGAAAGCAGGGCACGUUUUGACGUUGCACUUCCUCCAAAUGAAGACUGAUCGAAACGACAGUGCAACAAUCGAAAUCUACGAUGGUAGCAGUACCGGCGAAAAAUUACUGGCAAAAGUGAACGUUAGAAAUGGAACUUUGCCACAAAGUGUGACAUCUACUCGUCGGGACUUGUAUAUCAAAUUUACGGCUCAACCUUUCACACAUAUGGUCGCUUUCAUUCGCCUUACCUCCGGAUACAAAAAAAGCUAUGACCUUAAUAUUACUGCUAGCACAAUAGCUGAUAAUAAUGGAAGAGGAAUCGCAGCGGAAAAACUACGUUCGGCUUUGCAUAUUCACGACACUUCCGUGUCUAAUAACAACCAUGUCGCAGGCGUGCACGUUUUAGGAGGUGCCCAAGAUGUCAACAUCACCGGAAGCAGAAUCGCCUUCAAUCAAGGCGACGGCGUCAAUGUCACUGUCACCGGUGGCAGCAGAAAUGUCUCUCACACCAGCAUUUCUUCCAAUCAAGGUUACGGCUUCGCUGUUUGGUUAAAUGAUUCUUCCGCCACGGAAUAUAUUCAUUUUAAUCAAUCCACGAUCGUCGAGUACUCUGAGAUUUUCAAAAACUGGGAUAUCGGUAUCUUAGUGGGUAAUUCAACAGGAAAAUCCUACGUAAAUAUAACCGGAAAUUGGUUUAACAGCAGUUCUGAAACAGCAGUGCAAAUCGAUUCGAGCUGGAGGUACAACCAAGGAUUCAUGAAAGCUCAAAUCGGACACAAUGUCUUCAUUCAGAAUUUAAAACUGGGUAUAAAAUUAAGCCCGGCUCUAAAUAUAAAAGCUUGCAUCGAGUACAACCACUUCGAGGAACACAGCUAUGGAGGAAUCCUAGUGAAGAAUCCCCUCCACGAAGAAUUCAACAUUCUUCCAGCGGAUGUUUUGAUUCAGCACAAUGAGUUUUACGACAACAAGGGCGUUUAUGUGGUUAAUCUCGGUCUCUCGCCUUACAGCGAUCUACAGAAGCUUCUCUUCACCAAGAACUUUUUAAAACGUAACAAAGUAAAGGAACCUUUCGACAACAGCGAUGUGCAAGGCUAUAGACUUAUUCCAAGAUCUCGAGUUUCUGCGGUUGUUGUCAUAUCUUCAAGCAACGUCCAAGUCUACCGAAAUAUUCUUCACAAUCUGGAAUCGAGAUAUGAGCUCGGAUCCCACUUGGAGGACCAGAGCAAAGUCAUUAAUUGCACCUACAAUUGGUUGGGUUCUGAAAAGGAAAGGAUAAUUUUUGAUCGCUUAUUUCACAGAAAAGAUAGAUAUAACCUGGCAAAGAUUGAAUACUUGCCGUAUUUGCUACACGGUAGUAAUCCUGGGGGUAAUACAAUCAUUUCAAAUCCAACAUUCGUCGCACAAUUUUUGUCAACUGACACAAACGUGGUAGGAGGCGAGGUCGAUGGAUUGGAGACGCUGAGAGCUGGAGAGUACUUUGUGGAACGCGACAUCAAUGUUAGACCUGGUGGAAAACUAAUCAUCCACCCUGGAGUGACUCUUCGAUUUCCUCCAGCUGUGGGCAUGAUGGUUGCUGGUAGAUUGUACGCUAGAGGGAAAGGUCCAAGCGAUAUUCAGCUCACUCUCAAGGAAGAAAUAAUAAUCGAACCGGAUAACGAAACCAUGGCUGAAGCCAUAGCUUUUGAUGAAUCCAACUCUGUUCCCGUGAGACUUCUUGGAGGAAAAACGAAUCUCGAGGGAAGACUACAGGUGAGGAUUGGAGAAAAAUGGGGAACGGUCUGCAAUUACGGAUGGACGAUCCGUGACGCGGCGCUUGUUUGUCAUCAAUUGGGCCUGACUUUAGAUCCAGACGACUGGUUUCUGGAAAGAUCUCAAAUUCCCAACGCGGGAACGAAUGAGGAUAUUAUUCUCAGCAAUGUCCACUGCACAGAAGACGAUAUAGAUAUUUCGAAAUGUAGAGCAGAAAGCGCAGACGAAUUCGAAAAUUCCUGCACUCAUGAAAACGACGUUGGGGUUAGGUGUUCCGAAGCCGCUUGGGCUGGUCUCAGACUUGGGUCUUUAGCGCAGAGAAGCGAUUUGCAGUACAUCACGAUUGAAAAGGCAGGGCUAUUGGAUUAUGCAACGAAUUCUUUUAAACCAGCUCUUCAAAUUGACUUCGCUCGUCAUUCUCUUGAGGGGGUAAAGGUUGUCAACAACCUGCAGGACGGAUUAGGGAUACUGUAUUCUGACAUUUACUCAGCUGACGCGGUGAAUACAGUUCGAAACAGCGACUUUUCCAACAACCGAGGAAGUGGAAUAAGUUUGAAGCAAUUGGGCUUGCGGAUCUCCAACUCCAGAAUCGAAAACAAUAAAGUGGCUGGAAUUCGGCACAACCCUGCGUUCUCGGCGGUGCAACAGAGAGAAUUUGCAGGAUGGUUUUCGCAAUCACCUGACGUAUCUUCUGAAAACUACAAUCCGAUCGUCGUGCCCCAAAACAGCGGGAACAUUGACCUCGUCAUGGGAGAAACCAAGUAUCUCAUCACAUCCAAAACAAAUGGAGAGGUAGAUAAAUUCAUCAAUAUCAGUUGCACGCCAGGUUACGUCGUUGGAAUUCAGCUCUUAAAUCCAAUUCACAACCGCAGCACGGAGGAAAUUAUUUUGCAUGAUUCGCAAACUAUUCACCAGAAGGGUAACAUCUGGCAUCUCAAGAGAGACUUGACUGUCUUUCCCGUUACUUCGAGUUCAUUCGUUGUUGUCUUUGAAUAUCAUAGUGGAAAAUCUGCUCUAGGAGGAACAGUCAUGGUCCUCACAGCACUUCCAGCUCCCAUUCAGGACAUCACCAAUCGAAUAGUGAAAGGACCAAUUCCUACUCUGAAGAUUUCCAAAACAAAAAUCAAGGGCAACAAACGUGGAAUCCUGGCUUCGUAUUAUAACCGGUAUUUAGAUGAGCGAGGAGAUUACAAUCUUCGGAAAGCCAACGAGACAAUUCAGCUCAUCGGUUGUGAAGUUUCCCACAACAUCGAAGAAGCAAUUUACGUUCACUCACCCCACUGGAACGUUUUUCAAUCAAACUUAAGCGAAAUCUCAUUCCAUAUUAACAAUUCACUCAUAACUGACAAUGGAAAAGGAAUUUUACAAUUCAGUCGAGAUAUGCGACACUCAAACAACCUUUUCCACUGGAUCAUGCAGGACAGCACAAUCGAGAGGAAUCACGGUGGAGGUUUCGAAGUUGCACUUCCUUAUGUUUGGCAGUACAACGAGAACUUUACACACUCUCUUUAUUUCGAUAACAACACCUGGCAAAAUAACGAGCGGUUUGCUUUUGUCGUCGAUGGACACUUCGCCUCUUUCAAUAUGUCGAACAACCAAUUUGACGGAAAUAGAUGUAAAAAGGGUUUGAUUUCAAUACGAGGAAUGGAGAAGAAAAUGAAGAUUGAAGGGAAUAAGAUCACGAGGAAUAAUGGAGCAUUCAUGGUCGAAUUUAAUGCUGAUAGCCAGUCAGAAAUUCUUGGAGAGGUUUACACAAGAUUUUUUUUCAAUGAGGUUAAACAGAAUUCGUAUAGCUUGAUUAACAGGGGAAUUCAUCAGAUGUAUAAUGAACCAACCUACGUUGUUGGUUUUCACGGGAUUCAGAAAGUGAGAGUAAAUAGGAAUUUGUUCGGCGACAAUUCACUGGAUUACGAACUCUUGGCUGGAAUUAAGACAGCAAAAAUUAAUAACGAGGUUGAUGUCACCGAAAACUGGUGGGGAACUUACAAUGAUGCCCAAAUCAGAGAGAAAAUUUUUGACUUCGACGAUUGGAACGACCAUGCAGUGGCCAAUUUCAGGCCUUACUUAAUCAGCGACUCCCUCGACUCUUCAAUCUCAGCAUCCUGGGACCAGACUUCCAAAGUCGACCUUGAUCAUCUUGGGGGACGAAUUAUCGAAACAAUUUCAAUCCACGCAAGAGCCAAGCCCUACGUCAUUAAAUCUGACAUCACAGUGAUGCCGGAUGCAACUUUAUAUAUUUAUCCGGACGUCGUAAUGGAAUUUGCUCCCAAUGUUGGGAUUUUGGUGCUCGGAACUUUGAGAGCUGUGGGCAUUGCCGGUCAUGAAAUUAUAAUGAGACCACUCAAUGAAGAAUACUCGCAAGUCCCGAAGUCGUCUUCUAAACGCAGUUUGGCCAAGGAGCCUUUAGAAACGAUUCGACUUUGUAAGGAAGGAAACUGCACUUCGGAGACUAACGAAGGAUUUCUCGAAUUCUUCAACCGAACUACACUUCAGUGGAUUCCUCUUUGCGAUUACAAAUUCACCGAAAGAAAUGCGCAAGUCGCCUGUCGACAAUUGGGACAUGAUCCUUUAAAUGUAUAUGUUUCGAGGAAUCGAAGAUUUCAUCUUCAUCCUGGCUCGUUGUCUCGGAUUUGGUCAUGGCCUGAACCCCUACAAUGUACUGGAAAUGAAGAGAGUUUAGAAGACUGCCAAAUAAGACUGAACGGUCAAUUGUUUGGACAAAAAUACGAUUGUCCUUGGGACGGAGACUUCGUCUUUGUUCACUGUGGAGAAAGAAAUCUCGAACCCUCUCGAGAUUAUUGGGGAGGAAUUCGAAUUGCAAAUAGCGAAUUUGAACACCACCUUUACGAACAUCGAAUUCACGAUGUUGUCACUCACGAAACUGUUCAAAGAGUUGAAUCGGUCCUCAAAUUCAUAAAUAUCACGGGGGCUGGAAUUUUGCAUAACGAGAAAUCUGCGGCUAUUCAGGCGAUAAUGAAGUCUCCCGUUAUUUCUCACGUUAAUAUCACAAAAAGCGCAUAUCAUGGGAUUAACGUUAUUUCUCCCACACAUACUAUUGAGUUGCUCUUCAACCAGAUUCAUAAUGUGCUAGGUAACGGAGUGAACGUGUUGUCUCUAACUGGAGAAGGACGAGAAGCAGAUGAGAGUUCAUUUACUCCUAUCAAAGAUCUCAACAUUCCUUACAAUUUGUUUAGUCUAGUGGACAUUUGUGAUACUACGAAGGAAAUUACAGUCGAAGAAAGGGUUUUGCUCUACCACAAAUACGACAACAACCCGGUGAAUUGUGUCAAAAUCUUUCGCAGUUCCUACAGGGCAAAACCAUUUGGAUUCAGACUUCUGCAAUUCAACCUCUUCAAUUCAACUGGAAAACCAGGCCGAGCCGAUAGCAUUUCCUUGUACGAUGGAGACAUUUACAAUAUAACAACCCAGAAAAUCGUAGACCUUGAAGUCGAUGGUCGCCAUGAAAAAACCCUUUUCAGAACUCGUGGACCGAGUUUAAGCGUCAAAUUAUUCGCAAAUGGUGCCAGCAACGUCCACGGAUUUAUCGCAGAAGUUGUGACUCUCCCAAUGUCAGCUAUUGGUUUUAAUCGGGACGUGCAGCACAAUAUUUCCUACUCAGUUAUUUCAAAAUGUCGAGAAGGUGCAGUAAAGUAUGCCAGCGCUGGUGAAGUCAACGCGAUAAUUACUCUAGAGCGAAAUCAGUUCGUCGACAAUUGCGAGAAGCUUUAUGGUAAUUUUACUACCUGUAAAUCUGCGAUUUGGCUCGACGUGCAGAAUACCCAGUCACUUUACUUCAGAAAUAAUCUCGUAAGAAGAAACCAGGGUGGACUUUCAAUUCGAGCAGAUUCGAGAGGAUCGGCUACUUCACUCAAAGGCUGGAUUCAUAAUAACCUCUUCGCUGAAAAUUUAAUCAAACCAGCAUUAUACGUUGAAGGUCGGCAGAGCAGUCCUUAUCAGGAAGUGACGAUAUUUAGAAAUUAUUUCACGAAGAACAAUGCCUCGUUUCAUAAUAAUAUUGUAUUGAAACAAGUCGUGAGCAACAUGACGUUGAAUUAUCUUCACGAAAAUCUGGGCCUGCAUCUGCUCGAAAUUUCAGGGUUCGAGCGAGUGCGAUUGCCGAUUUACCAGAGUACAUCGCAUAAUGGAUUUUAUAAAAAUUAUGCGGUCGAUAGAGAAGGUCGAAGUACAAUCAUCGCAGGAACUCCAGGACAGCAAUAUGUCGAUAAUGUUUUCUGGAAUCCUGAUAAUGACUACGAAAUGCUUACCAUCAACAGAUCACUCGUUGUCGACAUGGAAUGGUAUAAUAAUCAGCUCGAAAUGUGGAGAUCUCAUGUGGACGCAAGACACAACUGGUGGGGCUAUAACGAAACCAUCGCGGUUGCUGGACGAAUUCGGGAUCGUGGGGAUUCCCCAGAAUUACUUCAAGUGGAUUACGAGCCCUUUCAUAUGAACAAUCUAACAGUUUUGACAGGAAAAUGUCCUCCUGGUUGGGAUCUCGUAGGCGACACAUGCUACUUCUAUAUUGGGGCGCCAAUGGAUUUUUUCGGCGCUAGAGAAUUUUGUCGCUCUGCAAAUGCUUCAAUGCCUUUCAUCAUGAGCAAUUAUCAUGAAUUGUGGAAUUUCCUAAAAAAACAACAAGAACGUUUUGAAUAUUCAGAACGUGUUUGGGUUCAGCAAUUGGAACGUGUGGAUCAAUGUACGGUGUUCACGUAUCAAACGAUUGAAAUCGACAUCUGUGCUCAACCGAAUCCUUUUAUCUGUGAAAUUGAUCCGAGAGUUUCGAUUGAUCCUCUUUCUUGGAGGAGAGAUAUUGUGGCAAUUGGAGUUUUGGCUGCUGUAGGCGCUGCUUUAGCACUUUUGGCGGCUGCAAUUGGCUUCUGGGUUUCAAAAUCCAAGAAGAGAAAAGUCGAACGACUAGAAAGGAGAAAUUCCAUUCGACAAUCCCUUCAUUCUUUGCGAUCUGUUGGAUCAACCACAGGAUUCUCGGAACUCCCUUAUCGCCGAAAACCAAUAGCGACGAAGCAAUCAACUGAUACCUUGAAUUCGAGAAGUCUCGAUUACAAGAAGAUGAUGAACGGAGGAAGCUUGGAUUCAAUGGAUAAAUCGCAGUUGAAUUCUUCCAUGGAAGACAAUCAGAGCUACGAUGUCUACGAAGCUCACAAUCCGCGUUAUUCUCCAAGUACCAGCGACUUUAAGGGAGUGAAAUAUCCUGGAACGGGAGAUAAUCCAGUAUUUGACCUUGCCUAUCGGAAUGAAGGAUUCCGAAACCAUUCAACCUUCACCUCCAGGAAUAACAGUAACUGGCCUUCGGAAGUGAACAGCGAAGCAGCGCCAGAUGAAGUUCCUUCAGAUCCUAACAACGACUCCGCCUAUCUGAACAAUGCAUCCACUCUUCCGUUGAAUUCUAGUCUCGCGAUGACCGAUUCUUUCGCUCCGAUGGAUUACAACACUUACGAUACAAGUCCUCUGACACCAAGUUCCGAACCAGUUCCGGAGUACUUCAGACCUCCAAUUUCUAAUCCUUAUUAUUAUGAGGAACGGCCCAGAAGCGAGGCUAUUCUUGAAACGAAUCUCGAUUCUACCGAGGAAAAACCCCUUCGAUCGAAAAGUGAAGCUUUACUCGAAACUAAUUUCGACACAUUUGUACCGAAUGAUCCUUAUACAGAACUCACGCAGCUUUCCUCUCAUGCGAGGAGCAAGAGUCAACCACUGGAAACUGCAAUGUAGGGACGAAAAUUACUUCUUUCCUAGAUUCAUUUUUUACGUACAAAACGAUCCUUUCGAGCGAGGAUUGAAAAUUAAAAGGUGGGCUUUUUUCUUAGAUUUCAAAUCCAGUGAUUUUCUAUUUAACAUUUCAUUCUAGUUGGAAAAAAUAAUUGUAAAUUAAAGAUAGCUGAAAAUUAUUCUUCAGAAAACUCGGAGGAUUGGAAAUUCUUCUUCAGAAAAUUCGGAAGAUUAGAAAUUAAAAGGUGAGAUUUUUCCUCGGAUGUCAAAUUCAGUAGUUUUUUGUUUAAUAUUUCAAUUCAGUUGGAAAAAUUACUUGUAAAUUAAAAAAAAAAAAAAAA